AUGGAAAUGGACGUGGACAUGGACGUGGACGUGGACGUGAACGUGGACGUGGACGUGGACGUGGACAUGGACGUGGACGUGGACGUGGGCGUGGACAUGGACGUGGACGUGGACAUGGACGUGGUCGUGGUCGUGGACAUGGACGUGGACGUGGUCGUGGACGUGGACGUGGACGUGGACGUGGACGUGGAGUGGACGUGGUGGAGGACGUGGACAAUGGACUUGGACCUGGACGUGCACGUGGACGUGGACGUGGACGUGGACGUGGAUGUGGACGUGAACGUGGACGUGGUCGUGGUCGUGGACGUGGUCGUGAUCGUGGACGUGGACGUGGACGUGGACGUGGUCAUGGACGUGGACGUGGACAUGGACGUGGUCGUGGUCGUGGACAUGGACGUGGACGUGGUCGUGGACGUGGACGUGGACGAGGUGGACGUGGAGGACGUGGACGAGGACGUGGAGGACGUGGACGAGGACGUGGAGGACGUGGACGUGGACGUAGACGUGGACGUGGACGUGGACAUGGACGUGGACGUGGACGUGGACGUGGACCUGGACGUGGACCUGGACGUGGACCUGGACGUGGACGUGGACGUGGACAUGGACGUGGACGUGGACAUGGACGUGGACGUGGACGUGGACGUGGACGUGGACGAAGACGUGGACGUGGACGUAGAAAUGGACGUGGACGUGGACGUGGACAUGGACGUGGACGUGGACAUGGACGUGGACGUAGAAAUGGACGUGGACGUGGACGUGGACGUGGACGUGGACGUGGACGUGGACAUGGACGUGGACAUGGAUGUGGACAUGGACGUGGACGUGGACAUGGACGUGGACGUGGACAUGGACGUGGACGUGGACGUGGACGUGGACGUGGAAAUGGACGUGGACGUGGACGUAGAAAUGGACGUAGACGUGGACGUGGACGUGGACAUGGACGUGGACGUGGACAUGGACGUGGACGUAGACGUGGACGUGGACGUGGACGUGGACGUGGACAUGGACGUGGAGAAUGGACGUGGACGUAGACGUGGACGUGACGUGGACGUGGACGUGGACGUGGACGUGGACGUGGACGUGGACGUAGAAAUGAACGUGGACGUGGACGUGGACGUGCACAUGGAAUGGACGUGGACAUGGACGUGGACGUGGACGUGGAACGUGGACGUGGACGUGGACGUGGACAUGGACGUGGACGUGGGCGUGGACAUGGACGUGGACGUGGACGUGGACGUGGACGUGGACAUGGACGUGGACAUGGACGUGGACAUGGACGUGGACUGGACGUGGACGUGGACGUAG